CCUUUUGCAGUCAACAAGUAUCUGUCUCAUCUUAUCAGAUUUUAUGAAAUGCAGCAUUUAAAAUAUUUUCCACGCAGCUGUCAGAAGAUAUAAUUUCUCUUGUGGGUUUUUAUUACUAUUUAAAAUUAAAUAACUUUAAUUGUUAUGUCUAGAGAGUAACAUAACAUGCAUUGAUCAAAAUGUGAUUGUUUGUGUGGUAAAAGUGAUUUUAAUUCUAUAUGAAUGGACUUCAGGUGAGCCAUCAGAUUUUACUCUGUUAUUCCUGAUCUCAAAACAGAACUAUUAACGAGCAUCUUCAAGUUGGGGAACAAUAAAAAAUCACUUGGCAUAUCAGAGGAGUAGGAGGCCUUACAAAAUACAGGGAUUCUGUGUUUUGCAAGAAUUAUGGGACAAGAGCUAUUCCGAAGGUUUAUUUUACACUUUUAACACACUGAACGUGUAUACUUCCAAUAUUUGACAUGAUGUCUGAUGACAAGCGGAAGUCAUCACUGUCACGAGUGAAGAAAGACUGCACUCCGACCUGCCACAUCAGGCUCAGCUUGAGAUCCCUCACCAAUGUGUCAAUAUAUGAACUUGUGGAAGCUGAUUUACAUAGAAAAUCAGGAACUGAAGAACCAAAUUUCAGACAUAGCAAUUAUGCCACAUCAGAUGUUAGCACUUUCCUGAAUGUGCUGAAGAGUAGCCUAGGAUCUGGACUACUGGCAAUGCCCAGUGCCUUCAUGAAUGCUGGCCUGCUAGUAGGGUUUCUCGGAACCCUUUUGGUGGGCUUCUUGUGUGCACACUGCACAUAUAUUUUGGUAAAGUCAUCUCAGGCACUCUGCUCUCAGUUAGAUAAAAGCCACUUCAACUAUCCAGAGACUUCAGAAGCAGCCUUUCAAUGCGCCUUGAAGGGGAAAUUCAAAAAAUAUUCAACAUUGGCAAAACAGAUUACCAACAUUGGGAUACUGUUGCCUUGUUAUGGAGUUGGAAUCAUUUAUGUUUUGACAGCUGCUGCUACAUUUAAGCAGGUAUUUGAGAACUACACGGGGCUGUGCUAUGGCAUGCGCUGGUACGUAUUGCUGAUGAUCAUACCGGUAAUGCCAAUUGGGACCAUACGUCAGAUGAAGUACAUGGUACCAUUCAGUGCCAUGGCCAAUCUAUUUUUGUUAGUGGGGGUGUCUCUCACACUCUACUUCACCACCAGUGACUUCCCGGCUCUCAGCUCUCGUCCUCUCUCUUGCGAUGCUACCAGGCUUCCACUCUUCUUAUCUACCGUCUUGUUUGGCAUGGAAGGCAUUGGAGUGAUUUUACCUAUUGAAAAUGCUAUGAAAAAUCCAAAGCGAUUUUUAGGGUUUACUGGAAUUCUCAAUUGUGCCAUGGUAAUUGUUGUGAGUUUAUCUCUCACAAUGGGAGUGUUUGGUUACGUCAAAUAUGGGGACAAAGUCCAGGGCAGCAUCACUCUGAAUCUUCCAGAUACCAUACUGGCUCAGACGGUAAAGGUAUUGGUCGCUCUCGCCAUACUGUGUACCUACGGACUUCAGAACAUAGCAGCAGCACAAAUUAUAUGGAAGGUACUGCAGCCGAAAAUACCUAAAGAAAAGGAAGAUUUUGUGUACUAUACCAUGCGGGUUCUCAUAGUUUUAGGGCACGUGAUCUCCGCUGCCGUAAUACCCCAGCUCGCUCCUGUGAUCUCGUUGGUGGGGGCGCUGGGUCUGCCCCUGCUCGGGUUGGCAAUGCCAGCUCUCCUGGAGACGCUCACCUUCUGGGAGGAUGGGCUGGGGCUCUGGCGCUGGCGUCUCUGGAAGAAUAUCCUGCUCGGGUUGGCAGCAGUAGUGGCGUUGGUCAGUGGCACUUGGGUCAGCUGCCUUGAGAUCACCGAGGCGUACAGUUGACACACUUCACAUUUAAAAAUUAUAUAAAUAUUUUUUAUUUCU